UACACGUGCGCGUGUCGUCUUGUGGAAGUUUAGUGCGUAGAGCCGAAUGCGAAGGUUUUUUAACCGAAGGGAACUCUUGACAGACGCGAAUAUUUGUGGGAAUUACCGUUUAAGUUGACGUCCACGAUAAUUCACCCAGCCUUUAACAUGACAGAGGUUUCUUCAAAUCACUCUUCCAACGACACCGAAGGGUCUUCAUGCGUACAGACUGAGAGGAAAUUUGAUCAUGGAUGUCUCGCUCCCGCGAUUGUCAUUAUUUUGAUACUGUCAUGUCUCAAACGUCGUAGCAGGUGGAAACUUGAAUAUUGCAAAGGAUACCCUGGGUUGUUAAUACCAAUCAACUUCUUGGGAGGAAUAGACAAAAUCAACAGGUAUACUAUUGCUAUUACCUUUGGAGCAACAGCCAGUACCUUCUUCUCUAACUCAACGUUGGAAUUCACAGACCCACCAUGGUUAUCAGUUUUUUCUGCUCUUUUUUCUGUUCUUGAGUAUGGAAUCCUGUUCUACCCAUUUUUUGCCUGUUUGACAACUGAGAACAGACUGGCUGGCUCUUUGCUGGGUUUUCUUUAUGCUACCAUGCGAUUCAUCGUUGGACUUAUGAUUGAAUUUCAGUGCACGGAAUCAUAUGUAGAAGAUAUAAAAACCAAGCAAUAUAUUGAAUUCCUUGGCAAAGUUCCCACUUACCUCUGUCUACUGUUCAUUGCUCUGAGGUUUGCUGUGCUACUUGUUUUGCAAAUAAAGCAGUGCCGAGUGCUGUCAUCUUGGCACUAUUCAGAAAUUUUGGGGGCUGAUGAACAUCACACCUGUUUGAUCGAAGCAUCAGGGCGUAUUCACGUCAAGCAGUUGCUGACUUUAGGAUCGAAUACUUCCAGAACCAUGGCUGACGAGAAAUGGUACAAGAGGCUGAUCUGUAAAAUCUACAGACCGAGAGAAGAUUUUAAAUUCUCAACGCAGUUAAUUUCCACCUUAGUGGUUGCAGGAAUAAUUGUGUUUCAGGUUAUGUUGCAUUAUCUCUCGUUGUUUGAUUACUACGAAAAAGAAUUUGUCUCGUCUUGUGUUCACGGCCCCAUUUGUCGGGGAUUUGUUCCUCUCUUAUUUCAUGCUUUGGAGGGAGGAGUUAUUACAGCAGCUACCGUUUCUAUUUUGUUGAUGCUGCAUUUUAUGAAAUGCCACAGAGACAAUAUGUUACAGAUGUAUCGAGGCCAAAGAACUUUUUUCCAAGACGUGACUGUCUCUCCUGCGAAUUUAGUGGGACAAAGUUUGUUAUUUUCUGGAUAUCAGAUUGCAUUUGUUCUAACAGGAUACACUGUAUUGAGUUUUUUCCUGGCCAUCAUAGUUGUCAGCCUCACUGCCAUUUUCAAGUACAUCGAUUUUUUAGUUUCACCGGAAAUGUUAGAGGUGUACAAAAAUAUUGGACAGGCCUUUGCGCCACCAAUUUGCUUGGCGAUUUGCUUGUGGCUGUACCAGUUAUUCCUCACCUACUACGUAUUUCGAGACAGAGACUUUCCGAAUAUCACAAUCACUGUUGAUAACAGACGGUUUUAUUCUAUUAUGUCCUACUUCUUCUUCUUCUACAAUAUACUUCUUGGACUGUUCUCCUGCAUCAUGCGAAUUCUAAAAGGCAUGAUUUUAGGAGUGAUCUUCAUCUCUCGAAUCGACCGAACGUCGCUGAUGCAGGGAUUCCAGACUUGGGACAAAGCCUUCGUGGCAUAUCUGGGAUUCAUCCACAUACUGGUGGCUCACAACCACCCUGUUAUGCUGAUGUUUUGCCAGCUGCUCAUCAACAGCAACAAGGAUCGUCAAUAUGGCACAGUGGGGAGGGAGGAGUUACCAGGCCUAUGUGUACAAAAUUCGCAUUCAGAGGAUCAGAGUUCUGCUGGUCAUCCUGAGGCCCGUGUAUUCCGGCCACCACACAUGUCUCACCAGGCGAUCAACCGCUGGUUCCUUGCUUUCACGCUUCUUCGAAAUCCCUCUCUCGUCAAGUAUCGCCGGCGGUGUGCCAGAGAAGCCAAAAAAUGUAGCGUCUCUAUUGAAGAUGCAAACUAUGGAUCCGUCACACCGAUUUGAUCUAGGUAAUUUCUUUUUCCAAAUCGAUUCACCCAAUAAUAAAAAUAGAACUUCCAGCUGAAGUAACAAUUCGAAGGGUAAUUGGUCUCGCUCGUCGCAAUCUUCUAUUCAAAACUUUCAACUCUGUUGUAGUCUUGUAUGAGAGGAUCAGAUCUGUGUAUAGUGUCUUAUAUAGGUAGCAGUUUAUAACUGCGUGAAAAUGCACCUGGCUAUUAUUGCCGUAUUACAAUUCUUAAUUCUUUUUUUGUCCCUCGCCAGAAAAAGGUGAACCCUCUCGUCCCUUGUCCGAUUAACCCUUUAACUCCUGUGAGUGACCAAAACAGAAUUUCUCCUUACAAUAUUAACAUAUAAUUAAGCAGAAAAGUGAGGAGAAUAAAGAAGAAAACUCAAUUAGGGGACUACAAGUUGAUCCAACACCAAAUUCAUGAGUAUUUUAUGCCAGACAGUAGGGAGAAUUACUAAUGAGAUCUUAAAAGUUUAAGGGUUAAACCCCCUUCCCACUUGUACUCCUGGUCGAAGUUCUAAGGUGAUUGAUCGAUAUUUUUACGAUGUUCUUUUUAACUGGCUGUAAGAGGACUCUUAGUUUAGCCCAAGAACUCCUAGCUGUGGCACGUUGUAUGAAUGAUUAAAUUACAGAGGAGUCCUGUGAGUUGUGUGAAGUUGUUAAACUG